UUUCUCUUCUAAAUCAUAUUCGAUCGAAACCUCUCAUUGAUCUUUCCAAAAAAACCAUGGCCAUGUAUUCAUCCUUAACACAUGCUGUUGCUUACCUUUCUGUGUGUAUGCUUGCAUUUGGUGUCUCUGUUAUAGGACGACCAGCCACUUUUCUUGAAGACUUUAGAGUCACGUGGUCUGAUUACCAUAUCAAGCAGAUCAAUGGAGGGAGGGCCAUCCAACUCGUUCUUGACCAAAAUUCUGGAUGUGGGUUUGCUUCCAAAAGUCAGUACUUGUUCGGGCGUGUCAGCAUGAAGAUUAAACUUGUUCCCGGAGACUCAGCUGGAACUGUCACUGCAUUUUAUAUGAAUUCAAACACGGAUUCUGUUCGUGACGAGCUGGACUUUGAGUUCUUGGGGAACCGAACUGGGCAACCGUACACUGUCCAGACCAAUAUCUACGCUCAUGGGAAGGGUGAUAGGGAGCAAAGAAUCAACCUUUGGUUCGACCCUUCUGCCGACUUCCACACUUACACAAUACUCUGGAACCACCAUCAUAUUGUAUUCUACGUGGAUGAUGUGCCCAUCAGAGUAUACAAAAACAACGAAGCCAAAGGAAUUCCAUUCCCCAAGUUUCAGCCGAUGGGGGUGUAUUCCACAUUGUGGGAAGCCGACGACUGGGCAACGAGAGGCGGGCUGGAGAAGAUUGAUUGGAGCAAAGCACCCUUCUAUGCUUAUUACAAGGACUUUGACAUUGAGGGAUGCUCCGUACCAGGACCUUCUACCUGUGCUUCCAACCCCAGAAACUGGUGGGAGGGAACUACUUACCAAGCACUUAAUGCCCUCGAAGCCAGAAAGUAUAGAUGGGUUCGUAUCAACCACAUGAUCUAUGACUAUUGUACCGACAAAUCGAGGUACCCGGUGACCCCACGGGAGUGUUUCGCCGGCAUCUAAAUCGCUGAAUAGCCAGACAGUACCUCCAUAUAUCCACGUCCCAAGUGUUACGUACAUUAAUCCUCAUGUCAUAUAUUUACGUACGCACAUGUAAAAGUCAGGAGGAUAUAUAUAUAUGUAAUUAUACUCUUGUAUUCAUAUAUAUGUCAAUGAAGCCUAAGGCGCUCAGGGUGGGGCAAGAGACGACAAAAGUCAAAUCCCUAGCUACUUGUGGGCAAUAUAUAGAUAUAUAUGUUCUCUGUAUUAAUUUGGUAGGCAUUUUAUGUGCCAAUAUAUAAAGCUUCUGUCUAAUUGUGAAAA